AGUUACCAGGAUGUCUUCUGAAGAUAUAAAUCGAACAGCAACAAUUCCAACAGAGGAGGCAGGGCAGUCAGUUUCUUCGACAUCAGCCCAACCCCCCUCAAAUGGUGACGUGACCUCUCCAAGGCCAUCAGACCAGGCUAGUUGUCAGAACAAUCUCCAGAGGAUUCAACAACGCAAACAGCACGUCUUCAAUUGGCCUCAAGUGAAGAAACUCCUGAAAUUAGCGAACUACAGUGCAUGCCAGGUUGAAGAAUGCAAAUGCAACGGUUGGAAGAACAGUCAGCAGGUGGUGAAGAGUCCCAAGAGUGAUCUCCAACCGAUCUCCAACUUCUCAGAUCCCUGCAGAAGCUGCACACACACAUUAGAGAGUCAUAUCAGUCAUUUACCCAAGCAGAAUGACGAGGAGAUCAAUAAACUCCUGGGGAUGGUGGUUGACGUCGACAAUAUAUUCAUGGGAAUGCACCGGGAGAAAGAUCCAGACACCAAGAAGGUGUACUAUUAUUUAUUCAAGCUCUUGAGAAAGUGCAUAUUGUCGAUGACAAAACCAGUAAUCGAGGGGCCACUUGGACAGCCACCAUUCGAGAGACCCAGUAUUGCCAAGGCCAUUACGAAUUUCGUUCUCUAUAAAUUUGGCCAUCUUACCCAGAGGGAGUGGCAAGCAAUGUACGACCUCGCCAAGAUUUUUCUACACUGCCUCAAUCAUUGGAAUUUCGAGACACCCAGUGCCAGGAGAACCACUGGCAACGACGAGGAGGCACCAGCUUACAAAAUCAAUUACACUCGUUGGCUCGUAUUUUGUCAUGUCCCUGCCUUCUGCGAUUCUCUCCCACAUUACGACACAACUCUGGUAUUUGGGAGGACAAUGCUGAGGGCUGUCUUUAAGUCUGUCUGCAGACAACUGAUGGACAAGUGUCACAGCGAACGAGACAGAAUGUCACCGGACAAGAGAGUCCUGGUAUUAACACAUUUUCCAAAAUUCCUCUCGAUGCUGGAAGUUGAAAUAUACUCGGACUCACCAAUUUGGGAUCCUGAAUUCAAACAAGUCCCUCCACCCCAUCUCCACGUGUCCACAGACUCCAAGUCCCUUCUGACACGUCGCACUGGAGAAUUCGAGAAAGUGACAGUCCCUCCGAAUGAUUCCUCAACGUACACGACAAUCAACAUCUCGCCAGGAAUAAAAAAACUCACAGAAAAACGAGCCCAUCCUGAGGGCCGCCCCGAGGCUAAACGUCGUCGUGUGGAGGAUCCUUUUGAGGACCUCGCUGAGGACACAGUUUCCGAAAUAAUAGCGACUAUCAAUGAUCCCAAUUACAUGUGUGGCCCUGAUGCUGUCUUUCCUCCCAAUGUGCCUCGAGACGAGACAGCAAAGCUAGAGGAGAGUCGAAAGAUCAUAGAGUUCCAUGUGAUAGGUAACAGCCUGACUCAGCCAGUCUCCAAGCAGACGAUGCUCUGGUUGAUUGGUCUGCACAAUGUCUUCAGUCAUCAAUUACCCCGGAUGCCCAAGGAAUACAUCUCUCAGUUAGUUUUUGAUCCAAAGCACAAGACCCUCGCUCUCAUAAAAGACGGUCGUCCAAUCGGGGGCAUCUGCUUCAGGAUGUUCGCCACUCAGGGCUUUACUGAAAUCGUCUUCUGCGCUGUAACCAGUCAGGAACAAGUCAAGGGCUACGGCACACACCUGAUGAAUAUGCUGAAGGAUUAUCACAUAAAGAACAAUAUUCUUCAUUUUCUAACGUUUGCAGAUGAAUUUGCUAUCGGUUAUUUCAAGAAACAGGGAUUCAGCAAAGACAUCAAGCUCGCGAGGGUGAUGUAUCAAGGAUACAUAAAAGAUUAUGAAGGGGCAACUCUCAUGCACUGUGAGCUCAACUCUAAGAUUGUGUACACAGAGUUCACAGCUGUCAUCAGAAAGCAGAAGGAAAUCGUCAAGAAGUUGAUUCAGCAAAGACAGCAGGAGAUACAGAAGGUUCAUCCCGGGCUGACGUGCUUCAAGGAGGGAGUGAGGGGAAUUCCUGUGGAGGCCAUACCUGGGAUCAGGGAGACUGGCUGGAAGAGUUAUGCUCAGACCAGGACCAGGGGCGUUGCCAAGGGGACUCCAGGGCCUGAACCCAUGGAGGCUUGCCUCGAUAUCACGGAUUCGUUGUAUAAUGCCCUGAAAAAUGUACUCAACAGCGUCAAGAAUCACAGCACUGCGUGGCCGUUCUUGAAGCCCGUGGAUAAAAAUGUUGUGCCUGAUUAUUAUGAUCAUAUCAAAUAUCCUAUGGACCUCAAGACCAUGACUGAUCGACUGAAGGCGAGGUAUUACGUAGCUCGACGGCUGUUUAUUGCCGACAUGACGAGAAUCUUCACAAAUUGUCGUGUCUACAACAGCCCAGACACCGAGUACUACCGAUGUGCCAAUGCCCUUGAGAAAUACUUCCGAACACGCAUGAAGGAAAUCGGCCUCUGGGACAAAUAACCCGAAUUUAAUCUUUAAUUUUCAUUGAUAAAUAAAUAUUCAAUUUGUGAUCUCCAUUUAAA